AUGCGCGAGAUUGUUCAUAUUCAAGCUGGCCAGUGUGGUAACCAAAUUGGUUCGAAGGUUUGUAUUUUUAUGUUUCUAAAAAUGUUUUAAUUAUUUUUUAUGGUGAGGAAAUUCAAGUGGACUUUUUUCUAUCAAAGUAAGAUAAUAAUAGGAACAAGCAUAAGUGCUACUAUUUUUCAAAAAAAAUAGGAUACGUUUCUACAAAAAUUUUUAAUAUGUUUAAAAUCAAUAUGAUUUUUUUCAAGUUCUGGGAAGUGAUCUCUGAUGAACAUGGAAUCGACCCAACUGGACAAUAUGUUGGAGACUCUGAUUUGCAAUUGGAACGCAUCAAUGUCUACUACAACGAAGCUGGAGGCAACAAAUAUGUUCCAAGGUACCACAUUUUUGGGUCACUCAUUUUAAAAAAUAAUACAAAAAAUUUUGCAGAGCAGUGUUAGUGGAUCUUGAGCCAGGAACCAUGGAUUCCGUCAGAUCUGGACCAUUCGGACAGUUGUUCAGACCAGAUAACUUUGUUUUUGGGCAAAGUGGAGCUGGUAACAAUUGGGCCAAGGGACACUACACAGAAGGUGCUGAAUUGGUUGACAAUGUUCUUGAUGUUGUUCGAAAAGAAGCUGAGAGUUGCGAUUGUUUGCAAGGUUUUCAAUUAACUCAUUCACUCGGCGGUGGAACCGGAUCGGGAAUGGGAACCCUUUUAAUCUCAAAAAUUCGUGAAGAAUAUCCUGAUCGAAUUAUGAAUACUUUCUCAGUUGUUCCAAGUCCAAAAGUGUCAGAUACUGUUGUCGAACCAUACAAUGCAACACUGUCUGUUCACCAGCUGGUUGAGAAUACCGACGAAACAUUCUGCAUUGAUAACGAAGCAUUGUACGACAUCUGUUUCCGCACUUUGAAAUUGACCACACCAACAUAUGGUGAUUUGAACCAUUUGGUUAGUGCCACAAUGAGCGGAGUCACAACAUGUUUGCGAUUCCCUGGACAAUUGAAUGCCGAUUUGAGAAAAUUGGCGGUUAAUAUGGUGCCAUUCCCAAGACUUCACUUCUUUAUGCCAGGUUUUGCACCGCUCACUAGCAGAAGCAAUCAACAAGUGAGUAUUUUACAGAAUUAUUUUUUCUGAUUAUUCAAGUAUAUGUCCUUUAGAUUUUUUAAGAGACUUCGAAAUGUUGAAAAAAACACAAUUUUUCUAGUACCGAGCCGUCACCGUUCCUGAACUCACCCAACAAUGCUUCGAUGCCAAAAACAUGAUGGCUGCUUGUGAUCCAAGACACGGUCGAUAUUUGACAGCUGCUGCAAUCUUCAGAGGAAGAAUGAGUAUGAAAGAAGUCGAUGAGCAAAUGCUCAAUAUUCAAAACAAGAACUCUUCCUAUUUCGUUGAUUGGAUUCCAAACAAUGUCAAGACUGCAGUCUGUGAUAUUCCACCAAGAGGUUUGAAAAUGUCGGCAACAUUUAUUGGAAACUCUACUGCUAUUCAAGAGCUUUUCAAGAGAAUCAGUGAACAAUUCACAGGUUUGUCGAAAUUUGUUUGUUUUGAAAAUUUCUUACUUUUUUCGAUAUUUAGCUAUGUUCCGUCGCAAAGCUUUCCUCCAUUGGUACACUGGAGAAGGUAUGGAUGAAAUGGAAUUCACUGAAGCCGAAAGCAACAUGAAUGACUUGGUCUCCGAAUAUCAACAAUACCAGGUAAAAAUUUCUGAAUUUUCAUCUUAUAAUCUUAUUUUUCUAGGAAGCUGCUGCUGACGAGGAUGCAGCCGAAGCAUUCGAUCAAGAAUAG